AUGGCUCCGAUGACAGCCAUGAUGGUGAACUGCAAGCUAACAUGGACACGUCUCCAUCUCGUAACUAAGCAGACAUGCGAGCCUUCCCCCGCAAAGUCGUGCCUACCUUCCCCGCCCCAGAUGGGAAACAACCCCUCCAAAAGCCCCUCGGGGGAUUCACCAGCACCAACUUCCAACACUCUCGCCGCCCCUGGCAGUGAGAGAAGAGUGAACAGAAGGGUAUCUAUAAACGCCUUGUCUGGCGCAAAGGCCACCGCGGCUGACCCGUCGGCCUCGAAAGAGAGCGCAACGGGGCAGCCCGUUGCUCAUAGCCAGACCCCGGUCCAUCAGCGUCUGCAGUCCCGAAACAUCCCCCAGCCUGCUAAUCGAUUGUACGAGACUCCGGACAAACGUGAUGGAAGAAGAGUCCGGGACGGGCCGCCAUUGGAAGCGUCCAGUCCGGUCCAAGUUCCCUCCUCCGGCCGUGCAAGUGCAAGGCGUUCGGGUUAUUCAUCGGUGGCACCAUCCGGUCCUCCGCUAAAUACCUACUAUGCAGCCUCACACCUUCAGCGACCUCCUCGUCUUCCUCUCCCAAUUGGCGAUGCGAACGCGACCCCAGGUUCGCCCAUCAAUGGACCCGCAGACUCGCAGGCGGAAUCGUUGCACUAUGACAGGCUAGACAGCCAGAAGUCUCGCGCCGCGGCUAGUCUCGACAAUGCAUCUGUGGAUGAAGACGAGGUGGAAGAUGAGUUGCAAUCCUAUGCAAUGAGUGGUGUGGGAAAAGCCGUACCAACAGUUAUUGAAUGGAGAGGUCCCGGAGACAGAGUCUACGUGACCGGGACAUUUGUGAAUUGGGAGAAGAAGUUUAGGUUGCACAGGAGUGAAACCGAGGAGGGUGUCAAGUCAACGACCCUGCAGCUUCGGCCCGGAACACACCACCUGAAGUUCAUUGUCGAUGGUGAGAUGAGGGCUUCGGACAAUCUUCCGACAGCUGUGGAUUUCACAAACCAUCUCGUCAACUAUAUCGAAGUCAGUGCAGAUGACGUUGACCGGCAAAAAGCACGGAGGGAGAGUGAUCGAACCAUUAAGCCCAUUGUGCCGCGGGGAGUUCAUCCACCUCAAGUGCUCCCCGAAGCCUUCAGAGCAGGGCCAGCAGGAGACAUUUUGGAGCGAGAAGAGGAGCCUGAAGAACCCGAGGAAGAGAUCCCUAUUGGUGACUUCCGUAACACUAUUCCUCAAUUCCUCCUCGACAUCGAUAAGGACGAAGAUAGCCCCGCGUACCAGAGGGCCGCAAACGUGAUUGCAGAUGCUCCCCCGCCUCCCAGUCUCCCUCUCUUCCUGGGCAGGUCGAUCUUGAAUGGCACUACGCCAUUGAAGGAUGAUAACAGCGUUCUGAACUAUCCCAAUCAUACCGUUCUCAACCAUCUCGCAACGAGCAGCAUCAAAAAUGGUGUUUUAGCCACAAGCGUGACUACAAGAUACAAGCGAAAGGUAGAUUCCCGUCGUUGUAUCCGUGCUUGA